CCGAUAAGAGGAAAUAUGGUGGUACAAAAUUAUAAUAAGCAGGACUGCAGGAGGGUCCAAAAAUAGUAAAAUUUUAUUUCCUCGUUUGCUUGAACGUCGAUGUUGGGAAAGGCAAAGCCCAUAUUUCUCUCUCUUUGUUUCUGGUUGAUUGCGUGAUCGAUCUGGGACAGAAGCAAUGGCGCCGGUGUCAGCUUUGGCAAAGUACAAGCUGGUCUUUCUGGGCGAUCAGUCCGUCGGCAAAACCAGUAUCAUCACUCGCUUCAUGUAUGAUAAAUUCGACAACACCUAUCAGGCUACAAUUGGUAUUGAUUUUCUGUCGAAAACUAUGUAUCUUGAAGAUCGAACGGUACGCCUGCAGUUAUGGUAAGAUUUAGCUUUAUUGGACUGCACCAUGGACGAAUGUGAAACCUGGUGUAUGUCUUUGACCAUUCUGGUAAUAUAUCGUGUAGGCAGACAAUCUUUCCUAAACACUUCAAAGUGGAUUGAUGAGGUUCGCACUGAGAGGGGAAGUGAUGUCAUUGUUGUCCUUGUUGGAAACAAAACCGAUCUUGCAGACAAGAGGCAAGUUUCUGUAGAGGAAGCAGAAGCCAAGGCUCGCGACCUUAAUGUCAUGUUCAUCGAAACCAGUGCAAAAGCUGGUUUUAAUAUCAAGGCACUCUUUAGGAAAAUUGCUGCAGCUUUACCAGGAAUGGAAACACUCUCAUCAACGAAGCAAGAAGACAUGGUUGAUGUGAACCUGAGGUCUACUGGUGGCGGUGCAUCUCAGUCGCAGGCUGAGUCUGGAUGCGCUUGUUGAUAUAGCUUUUUGUCAUGAUCAUUUUACAUGCCCAUUGCUCUUUGGUUUUGCAGCCUAAUCUGUAAAGGUCUUCGCUUUGAAGUUCUUUCUUUUGAAAGUUUUGUCAUAGAUACACAAUUCACUGUUUCUUUUGAAAAACUCUAAUAGGUUCACAAAUAGCUGAAAGAGCUAGGGCUGUAGGAAAACUAAGAUUGGUGAUUUCGGUGUUUUAGUUAGAUAAUAAAGUGCGACGUAUGUAGAUUUUGGGUUAAUGAUUUUCUUGGGCAAUUAGGAGCUCUAAGUUUUACUCACCUUUUGAUGAGUUGUCUAUUGAAACCUUGUUCAGAUAUGAAGUUGUUUUGCUUUCAACUUGCAA